CUUGUAUUUGAAUUGUUGAGCUACAACUGAUCAGAAUGAGCUACAUUGCUGCAUUUUUUGUCCUUGUACUCUCGCAGCAAACUCUGGCAAAAAAUUUUGUGCAAUCAUAUACUGGCUGCACAGACUUCUGCUACAAAUCCAUAAAAUCAGUCUUGGAUCAGCAGCUUAUGAUGCAACGGCAACUGAAUAACAUGGAAAACAAUUGGAUGAUGCACAAGAAUUGGACUGAACUUGGAAUAGUAAACCAUCAAGACAAACUGGAGAGCAGACAAAAACUAGAGGAAAUCGAAACCAAACUAAAACAAAACGAGGAUACCUCAUCGGCGCAAGCGGCAAGACUAGACAGUGUAGAACAUAAAUUAGUUGAACGCCAAAGGAUGGACACAUCUGCCGAAAACGGGCUGUUGGAAAUGAUCGAAAGAGUGAAACAAAACUUGUCAGAUCAGCAGGAAAGAAACGAUUCUGAUAUGGGCAGGCUGAGCGAAAGACUGGGUGGACUGGAGAAAUGGAUCACAGAGCAGCAGGAGAGGGCUGCUUUGGCCGAAAGCACAGCCACAGAGAGACUUGAAAAAUUGGAAGACAAACAAAGACAGCUGGUUGCGGGGGCACAGCAGAUGCUGGAGAUGCUAGGACGAAUGGAAAACCAGAUCGCAGUCGAGCAGGCGAGGGUUGGCAAUGGCACGUCCUAUUUAGACAAGUUGCGGGAUAAAGCAGAGGUACUAGAGAAACAGAUCACAGGACAAGAAGAAAGGGUCUCUUUGGAUGAAAUCUUAGUUACGAAGAGAAUCUCCAACAUUGAGAAAGUGCUGUCCGAGCAACGGGACAAUAUAACUUCAAAUAUUAGUAAAGUGGCUGAUGGUCUUAGCGGCAUAAAGGAUCAAUUGUCUGGCCAAAAAUUGAAGCAUAUCGCUGAAGCCGCAAAGGUCAGGGAAAGUAUUGCCAACCUAGAGAAAGACUUAACAGACAGGCAACAAAAGAUCGAGUCGGAUGGAAGUAAACUGGCAGAGGUACUGAACGGGCUCGAAAAUAAGUUUUCAGGCCAUGAAAGGAAACUUGAAAAUGACGAAAGGACUCUGUCGGACUCACAGACCAGACUGUCGCAGCUGCAGGAUCAAUUGACGAAUCAACAGAAAACAAUGUCUACCCACGAGGCAGCUGUUAAGGAGUCAGAGUCCAAAUUAAAAACACUCUGGAAGUACCGGUUCGUUUCGUUUGAGAAACUUGGCUCAAAGUUGUAUUAUUUUGUGAUGAACGAGAGACUAAACUGGACAGAUGCUCGGGAUAGAUGCCAAGAGCUGGACAGCCACUUGGCUAGCCCGCAGAACCAGCAGGAGUACGACUUAGUGACAAAGGCUCUACCCGGCGUUCUUCAAUUCUGGUUGGAUUUUAAUGAUAUUGAAAAAGAAGGGGAGUAUAUGUUGAGUGCUACUGGGCAGAAGGCCACUUUCUUGAAAUGGAGGCAAUACCCAGAUAACUGGAGGGGCAAUGAAGAUUGUGUAGAACUGACCAGAGAUGGAAUGAACGAUUUGGAUUGUUCGAAAAAACAUUUUUACAUUUGUCAAAAAUAGUUGUAUUCUACAGUAAAU